AUGAAGCGUGUCCCGAGGAUGCUGAGUCCCCCUGCCUCCCUGGAUCAGGAGCUUCGUAGCAGCCCUGUCUCCACGGGCUCGCGUGUCUCCUUGGGAUGCCCCGAGCAGCCGCCAGGGCUGGAGGAGGCACUGAGCGCGCUUGGGCUGGAGGGAGAGCGCGAGUAUGCGGGGGACAUCUUUACUGAGGUCAUGGUGUGCCCCGCGCUGCCCAGGAGCUCUUUGCCCCGCCCCGUGACGUCGGAGAUGCGCGCGCUCGUGGUAGAUUGGCUGGUCCAGGUGCACGAGUACCUGGAUCUGGCGGGAGACACCCUUUAUCUGGCCGUGCACUUGUUGGAUUCCUACCUGCUCGCGGGCCGAGUGCGCCUGCACCGCUUGCAGCUGCUGGCCAUGGCCUGCCUAUUCGUGGCUUGCAAAGUGGAGGAGUGCGUGCUUCCCGAGCCGGCUUCCCUCUGUCUCCUGAGCGCCUGGUCGUUCUCGCGGGCAGAGCUGCUGCGGGCCGAGCGCCACAUCCUCGGCCGCCUGGCUUUCCGGCUGCACCACCCUGGUCCGCUGCUGUGCCUCGAGCUGCUGGCCGCGCUGGCCGGGAGCAGCGCGCAGGUGCUGCGACUGGCCGCCUAUUUCUUGGAGCUGUCUUUGCUGGAGGCUGAAGCCGCGGGCUGGGAACCUGGGCGUCGCGCAGCCGCGGCCCUGAGCCUGGCGCACCACGUGGUGGACGGGGCGGGCUCCCAGCCCGAGCCCAUGCUCUACAGACCCGCGGAGCUGGCCGCCCUGGAGCCCUGCAUGGCCCGCGCAGCGCUUCGCGGUCCCGAGCCCGGCCGCGCCGCCGUCUUCCUCAAGUACGCGCGGCCCCAGCGCCAGGGCACCAGCCUGGCCGCCGCCUGCUUGCUCCGCCGCCCCGAGCCCGAGCCGCCCUGA